AUGGAAGAAGACCCAGCAAGCGGUGCUGAGACGCCGCAAAAUAAUAAUGGAGCGACUGCUUCACUAGCCGUAUUCGAACCUAUAUUAUUACAAGAAUAUCUGGACAAACUUUUACCUUUGUUACUUGGGACAGAAGAAAAAGAACUCGCCGCUUUAUGGCUUCACGAAAAUGUAGAACUGUUACGAAAAUUUGCGAAUGAUACGUCAUUAGACGCUAUUUAUUUAUCAAAGAUACUGGAUGAUCCGUCUAUUCCUUCUCACAAGUAUUCGUUAAGUCAAGAAAUAUCAUAUGGACCAAAUUAUGUGGCCUCCAUUGCCUUAAUAAAAGAAGUGCCAUCACUCGAUCCUGGCCGUCCUCUUGGCAAUCAAAUCCAAAUAACUAACCUCCCUGGGCCUGCGGCUACAGAAUCCGGCAUAGCUGGUGUUAGUCCCUACGAGGCACUCCACUCGUACAUCCAUCACGCUGUUGCGCCGUAUUUCAAUGCAUACGUUAGCGCCAAGGGGGGUAAUGCCGAGACGGGAAUCAGAACCAAACAAGAUGAUUUGAAAAUGGGUAUUCCUAUGGCGAAGAAGAAGAUUGCCGAAUUAGAGUUGGCAUUGUUACAUUUGCAACAGAAUGUGGAAAUACCGGAAAUCGUUUUAAGUAUUCAUCCUGUUGUAUCGGAAGCUAUUAAAAAGUGCAAUGCCGAGGGUACCCGCCUCACGGUUGACGUAAUAGAACCUAAAUUAUUAACCGAAAGCACGUUCCUCAAUAAGCUCCAAAAUGAUGUUAAUGGUUGGAUCAAAGAAAUCCAAAAGGUCACCAAGCUAGACCGAGACCCCGCUAAUGGAACGGCUAUUCAAGAAAUAAACUUCUGGCUUAGUAUGGAGAAAGCGCUAGAAGGCAUCGAAAAACAACUCAAGAGUGAAGAAGUGACGUUUACAAUAGAGCUGUUGAAAACGGCCAAGCGUUUUCAUGCGACUACAUCAUUCUAUGCUGACACUCGACUAAAAGAAGCGACCGAGAAAGUUCACAGAUACAAUCAACUCAUGAGAGACUUUCCUCUGAAUGAACUAUUGUCUGCUACGGAUGUUAGCAAAGUCAGAGAUUCUCUACGUCAGAUUUUCAAUCACUUGAAUAAAAAGUUGAAAUUAUCACCCUAUCCAAUCAAAAAGGCACUUCACCUUGUCGAGGCGAUUUCCCGCGAUCUGAACGACCAACUUCUCAAGGUCUUGGGCAAUCGUCGGUUAAUGUACGCUGAUUACGAUGACUUUGAAAGGCUAAUGUCCAGUGCUGAAGAGGUGUUCUAUACAUGGGAUGAAUGCAUGAAAGAUUUCACAAAUGUAGCUCGCGAUAUAGCUCGCAAACGUUCCGAGAAACGCUCCGAAAAAUUUACCCGUAUUCAGAUAAACCCUGCUCACGCUAAAUUACAUGAACGUGUUUCAUUUGUCAAGAAUUUCCGCAAGCAACACGAACAAUUACAUCAGACAAUUGUCAAAGUCAUGACACAGCCGAAAGGGGUUACAAAGAUUAUCGUGGAAGAUGACGCUAAUUCAGUUCAGCAACAAGAAGAAAGUGUUAGUAUGAGUGAUAUCGAUUCCAUCGAGGAAGUAAGACAGGCAUAUGAGAGUUUGAAAGAUAUAAAUGUACUUGACGUUUCACCCGAGGGAACCGAGAUAUGGACGGAUGCCGAAAAUUUAUACAAUGAGCGUGUGUCAAGAGUUGAGACUCAGAUCAUUACGCGAUUGAGAGAUCGAUUGGGGACCUGUAAGAAUGCAAAUGAGAUGUUUAGAGUGUUCUCGAAGUUUAAUGCAUUGUUUGUCAGACCAAAGAUUCGAGGUGCCAUUCAAGAGUAUCAAACUCAAUUGAUUGAUUCUGUCAAAGACGAUAUCCAAAAACUUCAUAAUAAAUUCAAAAUGCAAUAUCGGCGCGCUGAAUCAUUCCAUAUGGCUCAACUUCGCGACUUGCCUGUUGUUUCGGGGGCCAUGAUUUGGGCUCGUCAAAUCGAACGUCAGCUACAAACGUAUAUGAACCGUGUCGAAGAUGUGUUGGGUAAAGGAUGGGAGAACUAUGCCGAAGGAGAGAAACUACAAACAGAAAGCAAUAAUUUCCGAAAGAAGUUGGAUACUAAACCUAUAUAUGACGCCUGGAUCAAGGAUAUCAAUAACCGUGAUCUUAGUGUUUCUGGGAAAUUGUUCGAAAUCACCAAGAAUCGCGCCGCAAACAAUCAACUUCAACUCAGUGUUAACUUUAACCCUCAGAUUAUUACACUUUUCAAAGAGGUGCGAAAUCUUCUGUGGCUGAAUUAUCAUGUGCCUCAUGCAGUCAGUAAUGUUGCCAAGGAUGCAAAACGCGUAUAUCCGUUUGCCGUGAGUCUGAUGGAGACUGUUAGAACUUAUCAGCAGACGAUUGAUAAAGUCAAGCAAUAUGAGAAUGAAAUCGCUAUCCUCGUGGCCAGUUACAGAACUGAAGUGCAAGCCAAAAUCGCUACCGGUAUCAAUUAUAAAUGGGACUACUUUGUCAACACAUACGAUCCUCAUUAUCGACCACAUAUGGCUACUGGUGCUUUGGAACCAAGAGAAGAUCGGCACAUCACUUUCGUCAAAGAGUUCGCUGACCUGGUUUCUAUAUUUCAAAGUAAAGUUGAUGCGUUAAUUACUGAUUAUGAAGAGAUUCAGAGAUCCAUUGAAGACUUGCGAGUAUGUCCAUUUGACGUUGAAAAGUUUAGAGAACAUUUGGAUAAGAUUCAAAAGAAGGUGGAUCGCUUGAACCUCGAGGGAUACUCCAACUUGAACAAUUGGGUUAAUAGACUUGACAAACAAGUCGAGCAAGUUCUCCUCACGCGUCUGCAACAAGCCGUCAAAGCCUGGACAGAAGAAUUUCUUCGCUAUGGAGCCGAUUCAACUACUGUUGACUCAACUUCACGUGAUCGAGGAAAAUCCACAAAAGGCAAGCGUCGUAAUGUCAAAUCAGAGGUUGAAGCGGAUGAUAAACAAACAUCAGAGAUGAAGCCGAAAUUCAAGGCCUGGGAACAUGAGAUUAUUAUUCGAAAUCAGGUCAUCCAUCUAAGGCCCCCGAUUGAAGAGGCCAGGGCUCAUUGGUAUAGGCAAUUACACGAAUGGCUUGCAGUCGUCUGCAACUUACCAAGAAUUCAAGCUACGCGAUAUGAUAUAGAAUUGCCAGUAAUUAACAAUGUAUCCGAAGAGACCAGUUUCGCGAGCUUAUUGACCGAAAUUCCCGAAGGAUUACUCGCAAAGGCUUACGAAAUUAUUGAAGAGAAGUUGAAAGAAGUUACCAAAUAUGUCAGCAAAUGGCUCCAAUUUCAGUCUCUCUGGGAUCUUGAAGAUACAGACGUAUACAAACGCCUUGGCGACAACCUUAAUGAAUGGCAAAAGAUUCUCGCUGAACUCAAGAAGUCUCGCACUACAUUUGACAACUCGGAGCAGGAACGCUCAUUUGGUCCAAUAGUUGUUAAUUACGGACAAGUACAGAGUAAAGUUGGCGACAAGUAUGACUUCUGGCAAAAGGAAAUACUGAGGAACUUUGCAAGCAAACUCGGCGAUUCAAUGGGCCAAUUCUAUACAGAGGUUGCGAAAUCUAAAGAUGAUCUUGAAAACUACGCAAAGGAAAGCAAGAUCACUGGUGUAUCGGUUGCCUACGUUACUCUUGUCCAAGAUUUAAAUGUUAAAAUUGCCAAAUGGGAUCAGGAAAUCAAUGUAUUCCGUAACGGAGAAAAGACCCUUAACCGUCAUCGAUAUACUUCUAAUGACGAUCGAUUAUCAAUUGGCCGAAUUGAAGGUGCUUGGGACGGUCUGAAUCAACUUCUCAAAGUCGCAAAUCUAGUUAUCAAGGAACAACGCGAACGGCUUCAGAAACAACUUGAAGACGAAGACCGUCUUAUCGAAGCCAAUAUCAAGGAAACUCUCACUGAAUGGGCAGAUAAGAGACCAAUUCAAGGAGACAUAAAGCCUGAUGUUGCUCAAAAGACUCUCAGCGAUUUCGAAAAACGCUUCAAUGAUCUCAAGACUAAAUUCGACGCUAACUGUCGUGCGAAGUAUGCCUUACAUCUUGACCUUGUUUCCGAAAGUCAGUUGGAUCCGGUGUUGGAAGAGCUUGACGCUUUUAAGGCUGUUUGGAAUUCUCUAGGAAAGGUUUGGCAGUCUAUAGACGAUACAAAAGAACAGUUAUGGUCAUCCGUUGUGCCGCGUAAGCUUCGUCAGCAAUUGGAUAAUUUAUUGAAUUCAACUAACCAAAUGAAUACAACUACAAGACAAUACGCUGCCUUUGAAUAUUUGCAAGAGACGCUGAAGGGGUAUAUCAAAAUAAAUCCAAUUUUGUCAGACUUGAAAUCAGAUGCGUUGAAAGAAAGGCAUUGGAAACAGUUAUUCAAAACUUUGAGAGUCGAAAACAGAUGGAUGUUUUCUGAAAUGACAGUAGGCAACAUUUGGGAUAUGGAUUUGCGCAAAAAUGAAACGACGGUCAGAGAGAUUAUAACCCAAGCUCAGGGCGAAAUGGCUUUGGAGGAAUACUUGAAACAGGUGCGGGAGACAUGGAAGAAUUACAUGCUCGAACUUGUUAAUUAUCAGAACAAAACCCGCUUGAUUAGAGGAUGGGAUGACUUGUUCACAAAGUGCAGUGAGAAUCUUAAUUCUUUGACGGCGAUGAAAAUGUCACCUUAUUAUAAAUCGUUUGAGGAGGAGGCCUCGUCCUGGGAAGAUAAACUUAACCGUAUCCACGUUUUAUUCGAUGUCUGGAUUGAUGUACAGCGUCAAUGGGUGUACCUCGAGGGUAUAUUUAGUGGUAGUGCUGAUAUCAAACACCUUCUUCCAGUUGAAAGUCAACGGUUUGCCAAUAUCAAUUCGGAAUUUCUGACUGUAAUGAAGAGAGUCAACAAAUCACCGUGCGUCAUGGAUGUCCUUACGAUACCCGAUGUCCUAAAAUCAUUAGAACGUUUGGCCGAACUGUUAAACAAAAUUCAAAAGGCACUUGGUGAAUAUCUUGAACGGGAGCGUUCUUCGUUCCCACGUUUCUAUUUCGUCGGUGAUGAAGAUUUACUCGAGAUCAUUGGUAACUCAAAGGACGUCGUUCGUAUUCAAAAGCAUUUCAAGAAAAUGUUUGCUGGUGUGUCAAACAUUAUCUUAACCGAAGAGAAUACCGUAAUUUCCGGCAUGGCAUCUCGCGAAGGAGAAGAAGUAUAUUUCAAGAAGCCUAUAUCUAUCAAAGAGAAUCCAAAGAUCAAUGACUGGUUGACAAUGAUAGAGAAAGAAAUGAAGGUCUCGCUGGCAAUUUUGCUAACGGAUGCCGUCACCGAAAUGAAUACGUUUUAUCUUGCAGAUGAUUUGGACACUAACGUUUUCUUGGAUUGGAUUGACAAAUAUCCGGCUCAGCUAGUUGUAGUGGCCAUACAAAUUAUUUGGACACAAUCGGUUGAUAAAGCUCUUACGACCAUGUCUGAAGGUGAUCAAAAUGACCAAACUCCAAUGAAUAACGCUCUAGGAUACGUUCUACGCGGACUUGAGGUUUUGGCCGAUACUGUAUUACAAGAUUUACCUCCUACCAAGCGAAAGAAAUGCGAGCAUCUUAUUACUGAACUUGUUCAUCAGCGUGACUUGCUCCGUCAAUUGAUUCGCAACAAAGUCUCAGGACCGAAGGACUUUGAAUGGCUAUACCAGAUGAGAUUCUAUUUCAACAAAGACGCAGAAGACCCAUUAGUACGUUUGGUCAUUAACAUGGCUAAUGCUCAGUUCUAUUAUGGAUACGAAUACCUUGGUGUCCCAGAUCGUCUUGUGCAGACUCCUCUUACUGAUAGAUGUUACCUCACGCUCACACAAGCUUUAGAGGGUCGUCUGGGUGGAUCACCAUUUGGACCCGCCGGUACUGGCAAGACAGAGUCAGUUAAAGCAUUAGGUGUUCAACUUGGCCGGUUUGUGCUGGUAUUCUGUUGUGACGAAAAUUUCGACUUUCAAGCUAUGGGUCGUAUAUUUGUUGGUCUGUGCCAAGUUGGAGCAUGGGGCUGCUUUGAUGAAUUUAACCGACUUGAAGAAAGAAUUUUGUCGGCUGUAUCACAGCAAGUGCAGACUAUUCAGCUUGGUCUCAAAGCUGCCAAGGAUAACCCAAAUACAGAGAUCGAGAUUGUAGGAAAGAAUCUGAAAGUCAAUACCAAUACGGGUAUCUUUAUCACCAUGAAUCCUGGAUAUGCUGGCCGUUCUAACCUACCCGAUAAUUUGAAGAAAUUAUUCAGAAGCAUCGCCAUGACGAAACCAGAUCGCGAACUUAUCGCUCAAGUGAUGUUGUAUUCACAAGGCUUCCGUACUGCUGAAAUUCUUGCUUCCAAAGUCGUUCCUCUAUUUAAUCUGUGCUCCGAGCAACUGUCUCCUCAAUCUCAUUAUGACUUUGGUCUUCGUGCACUCAAAAGUGUACUCGUAAGCGCCGGUAACCUGAAACGUGAGCGACUACAUAAUCUUCGAAAAAUGAUUCAAGAAGGAACAAAGACAGAAGACGAGUAUUCGAAACUUUCCGAACCUGUUCCUGAACAAGAAAUAUUGAUUCAAAGUAUCCGUGAAACUAUUGUACCUAAAUUGGUUGCCGAUGAUAUUCCACUGCUGACCAGUCUGGUUGCGGACGUCUUCCCCGGAGUAGAAUAUGCACCGGUCGAUCUCGAUAGACUCAAAGAAGAAAUCAUUAAAGUUUGUGGCGAACGCCGCCUUGUUGAUGGGGAGCUUUGGAUGGAGAAGGUUCUUCAACUUUAUCAAAUUCAAAACAUUCACCAUGGUCUGAUGAUGGUAGGACCUUCGGGUUCUGGCAAGUCAAUGGCUUGGCAAGUGUUACUGUCUGCCUUGGAACGAGUUCAGGGAGUUGAAGGUAUGUCAUAUGUGAUUGAUCCGAAAGCUGUAUCCAAGGACGCUCUGUAUGGUACCUUGGAUCAAACCACCCGUGAAUGGACAGACGGGUUGUUCACUCAUAUACUUCGUAAGAUUAUUGAUAACGUACGUGGCGAGAGCAACAAGCGGCAUUGGAUUAUCUUUGAUGGUGAUGUGGAUCCCGAGUGGGUUGAGAAUUUGAAUAGUGUACUGGACGACAAUCGUUUGCUUACUUUGCCAAACGGAGAGCGGCUUAGUCUACCUGGAAACGUUCGUAUUAUGUUCGAAGUUGAAACGCUUAAGUAUGCAACUUUGGCUACAGUCAGUCGCUGUGGUAUGGUUUGGUUCAGUGAGGAAGUUGUUACUUUGCCAAUGAUUUAUACCAAUUACUUGGAGACGUUAAAGAAUGUUGCUUUGGAUGAUAAUGAGGAAGAUGGAAUGCCAAAAGGACGUGACAAUGAAGAGAGUGUUUCACCUAAUCUUUUGACACAAGCAGCAGUUGCAAAUAUUCUUGCCCCACAUGUCAGCGAAGAUGGGUUUGUUACGAAAGUACUUGAACAUGCUGAGACUCUUGAACACAUUAUGGACUUUACCCGUAUGCGCGUUUUAAAUACACUCUUCUCCCUGCUCAACAAGACGGCUCGAAACGUGAUUGAAUAUAAUGUUCAUCAUCCUGAUUUCCCAAUGUCACAAGAACACAUGGAAGCUUAUGUUGUCAAGCGUCUGGUUGUUGGUGUUAUCUGGAGUUUCUCCGGUGACGCAAAACUGGAUUUGCGGGCUAAAUUGGGAGACUAUGUACGCGGAAUCGUAACCAUCGAUCUUCCGCCUGCCAGCCCUGGAUCAUCCAUUAUCGAUUAUGAUGUUCAAGUCAGUAAUGGCGAAUGGGUUCCAUGGACAAGUAGAGUACCGACAAUUGAAAUCGAAACACACACUGUUGCGGAAGCUGACGUCAUUGUUCCGACGGUUGAUACUAUAAGACAUGAAGAAGUGCUGUAUUCAUGGCUGUCUGAACAUAAACCUCUAAUUCUUUGUGGUCCUCCAGGAUCAGGAAAGACAAUGACGCUUUUCAGCGCACUUAGAAAGUUACCAGAUAUGGAAGUCGCCGGUCUCAAUUUCUCCAGUGCAACUACACCGGAACUUAUCUUGAAGACUUUUGAUCAGUACUGCGAUUACCGAAAGACACCCACUGGCGUUAUUUUAUCACCCAAAGCAAUAGGUCGAUGGAUUGUCGUAUUUUGCGACGAAAUUAAUCUUCCAGCCACAGACAAGUAUGCUACUCAGCGCGUGAUUUCAUUCUUAAGACAACUAAUCGAAUAUGGAGGAUACUGGAGAACUUCCGAUAAAGCAUGGGUCAAGCUUGAACGUAUUCAAUUUGUCGGUGCUUGUAAUCCCCCAACCGAUCCUGGUCGAGUGCCGCUUACUCACAGAUUCCUACGUCAUGCCCCAUUAGUUAUGGUUGAUUAUCCUGGUGAAAUAUCUCUCAAUCAGAUUUACGGCACAUUCUCGCGUGCUAUGUUGAAGGUUGUUCCAUCGCUACGUGCAUACGCUGAACCGCUCACUGCUGCUAUGGUUGAUUUAUAUCUUAUGUCACAGAAGAGGUUUACGCCAGAUAUACAAGCUCACUACAUAUACUCACCUCGUGAGUUGACGCGUUGGAUGAGGGGUAUCUUUGAAGCUAUUAAACCGAUGGAAUCUCUCUCAGUGGAGGGUCUCGUUCGUAUUUGGGCGCAUGAAGCUUUGCGCUUGUUCCAAGAUCGUCUUGUAACCGAAGAAGAACGCAAAUGGACUGAUGACAACAUUGAUGCUAUUGCCAUGAAGCACUUCCCCAGUCUCAACCAAGACGAAGCACUGGGUCGACCGAUUUUAUUCUCGAACUGGUUAUCGAAGUAUUAUAUUCCUGUUGACCGUGAAGAACUGAGAGAUUACGUGAAAGCUCGUCUCAAGGUCUUUUAUGAGGAAGAAUUAGAUGUACCACUAGUAUUGUUUAACGAUGUGUUAGAUCAUGUGCUUCGAAUUGAUCGUGUAUUCCGUCAAAUGCAAGGUCAUUUAUUGCUGAUUGGUGUCAGCGGAUCUGGUAAAACAACUCUCUCAAGAUUUGUUGCUUGGAUGAACGGAUUAAGUGUAUUCCAAAUCAAAGCGCACAACAAAUACACAGGCGAAGAUUUCGAUGAAGAUUUGAGAACGGUUUUGCGGCGGGCUGGAUGUAAAGGAGAGAAAAUAUGCUUCAUAAUGGAUGAAUCUAAUGUGUUAGACUCUGGGUUCUUAGAACGUAUGAACACUCUUCUGGCGAACGCUGAAGUUCCUGGUUUAUUCGAAGGUGACGAACACAAUGCUCUUAUGACGAGUUGCAAAGAAGGUGCUCAGCGAGAUGGAUUAAUGUUGGAUACCCACGAAGAGUUAUACAAGUGGUUUACUCAACAAGUUAUGAAGAAUCUUCACGUUGUCUUCACAAUGAAUCCGCCAGAAGGUGGUUUGGCGUCUCGUGCUGCUACUUCACCAGCGUUAUUUAAUCGUUGUGUCUUAGAUUGGUUCGGUGAUUGGUCCGACCAAGCUUUCUUCCAAGUCGGUAUGGAGUUCACGCAAAAUCUUGAUUUAGAUCUUCAAUCAUAUUCCCCUCCUGCAAAUUUCCCGAUUGUCUACAGAGGUUUGAGCAUGCCACCACUCCACCGACAUGCUAUAGUUAAUGCAUUUGUUUAUGUGCACCAAUCCUUAUAUGAAAUCAAUGCUAAACUGAGCAAGCGACAAGGCAGAUACAACUAUGUCACGCCUCGUCAUUUUCUGGACUUUAUCAAUCACUAUGUACGUUUGUUUAAUGAGAAACGAGAAGACCUAGAGGAACAACAACGCCAUUUAAAUAUUGGAUUGGAAAAAUUGAGAGAUACAGUAGAUAAAGUAGAAGAAUUACGCGUCAGCUUGAAUAUCAAAGAAGGUGAACUAAAAGCGAAGAACGCCGAGGCCGAGGAGAAAUUGAAAAUUAUGCUUAUCGAUCAACAGAAAACCGAGACCAAGAAAGAAGAAGCCCGCAAACUUGAAGAAGUACUUCAACAACAAAAGAUCGCUAUUGAAGAAAGGCGAACGGUAGUAAUGAAUGAUUUGGCAAAUGCAGAGCCGGCCGUUGAAGAAGCAAAGAAAGCCGUCAGUGGUAUUAAGAAGCAACAUCUUACCGAAGUUCGUCAUAUGAAUAACCCACCCGCAGCUGUCAAGCUUGCAAUCAUGUCCGUAUGUACUUUACUCAACUUCCCAGUAAACGCUUGGAAGGACUGCCAGAGUGUCGUUCGCCGAGACGAUUUUAUCGCCAACAUUGUCAACUACGAUACUGACAAGAAUAUGACGAGACAGAUAAGAGAAAGGAUGAAGUCCGAAUACGUUAACCAGAAAGAAUAUAAUUACGACACCGUCAACAAAGCGAGCAAAGCUUGCGGUCCAUUAGUUAAAUGGGUAACAGCUCAAGUAGGCUACUCUGAAAUCUUGGAUAGAGUUGGUCCACUGCGGAAUGAAGUCAUGGGCCUACAAACACGUCAGGAGACCACCGAAGCACAUGCAGAGGCAAACCGUAAAAUGAUUGCUGAUUUGGAAAAGAAGAUUGAGCAAUAUAAGAAAGAUUAUGCUGACUUAAUCAGAGAAACAGAAGGAAUUAAGGCCGAAAUGGAGCAGGUGAAGAGUAAAGUUACACGCAGCGAAAAGUUGCUUGAUAGUUUAGGAUCCGAGAAAACAAGAUGGGAAUCCGGGAGUCAAGCAUUCGAAACACAAAUGGGAACAAUCGUUGGUGACGUUAUAUUAUCAGCCGCUUUUCUUGCGUACGGUGGUUACUUUGAUCAACAAUAUCGUGAAGUUCUUCUGAACAAGUGGAUAAACCAUUUGAUAGCUGCUGGUGUCUCAUUCAAAAGUGAUUUGUCGUUAACAGAGUAUUUAUCUUCUGCUGACGACCGAUUGUCAUGGCAAGCAAACUCCCUACCAGCAGAUGAUUUAUGUACAGAAAAUGCUAUCAUGCUGAAACGUUUCAAUAGAUAUCCGCUCAUCAUCGAUCCUUCCGGCCAAGCAACUGCCUUCUUAAUGAACGAAUACAAGAACAGGAAGAUGACGGUCACCAGUUUCUUGGACGACUCAUUCAUCAAAAAUCUAGAAUCUGCGCUACGUUUCGGAAAUCCAUUGCUGAUCCAGGAUGUCGAACAUCUGGACCCUAUUCUUAAUGCAGUCUUGAACAAAGAAUUGCGUCGCACUGGAGGUCGUGUUCUAAUUAGAUUAGGAGGACAAGAUAUCGAUUUCUCUCCGUCAUUCACACUCUUUUUAUCGACACGUGAUCCUUCCGUUAAUUUCCCUCCGGAUGUAUGCAGUCGUGUGACAUUUGUUAACUUUACUGUCACUCGUAGUAGUUUGCAGAGUCAAUGCCUCAACCAAGUUCUUAAAGUUGAACGACCCGACACUGACAAGAAGAGAACGGAUCUAAUUAAACUGCAGGGAGAAUUCAAAUUGAAAUUAAGACAUCUAGAGAAAUCACUUUUACAAGCUUUAAAUGAAUCUAAAGGCAACAUUUUGGAUGACGCUAAAGUUCUUGAUACAUUAGAAACACUAAAGAAAGAAGCAGCAGAGAUUACCCGUAAGAUUGAGGAAACAGAGACUAUAGUUCAGGAAGUUGAGCAGGUCACAACGGAAUACACACCUCUUGCUUCGGCAUGUAGUUCCGUAUUUUUCGUUAUGGAACAAAUGAAUCUUCUCAACCAUUUCUAUCAAUUUUCACUUGAAUACUUUUAUGAAAUCUUCCAAUCCAUUCUUCACAAUAACCCAAAUCUCCAGGACGUCACAGACAAUAGCAAACGUUUGAAUAUUCUCUCUCGUGAUUUGUUCAAUGUUACUUUCCAAAGAGUUUCACGCGCUUUACUUCACGAUGACCAUAUCACAUUUGCUCUCUUAUUGUCUCAAAUCAAACUGCGUGGUACACCUGACCAGGUUGAUGAAAACGAAUAUGAUUUCUUGCUGAGUGGUGGAGACGUUGUCCCUGGUGUUAAAGUUAGUCCAGCAGAUCUCGGAAUAUCGGAGGAUCUCUUUGACUCGGAACAAGCGGCGCGCAUAAAAGAAUAUUCCACACUUCCCUGCUUUAGAACUCUUGCUGAUGAGCUUUCUGACAACGAGGAUCAAUGGGAGCAAUUCAUGAAAGAUGAUGCUGCCGAGAAUUCAAUCCCAACAUUCUGGGAAUCUAAUUUACCUGGUAUGUAUAGGAAGAAGCAAAUAUCUAUCGCCUUAUUGUAUAAUAUCUUACAUUUACCUAACUUCAUGCAUUUUAUUAUUUUAUUAGAAUCGGUUAAUCAGCUGCGCCGAAUGCUUCUUAUCAAAUGCCUAAGACCCGACAGACUCAUACCUGCCGCUAAAACAUUCGUUAGUGAUGUCUUUGACUCAAACUUCCUUGGUCAAACCGAGUUGGAUUUCAAGGCUAUGGUACUGGAAGAAGUUCAACCGACAACACCUAUAUCACUUUGUUCUGUGCCUGGUUACGAUGCCAGUUAUCGAGUAGAUAAUCUUGUUGCAGAAGUAAACGUUCGCUGCACGUCAGUUGCUAUGGGCUCUCAAGAAGGCUUUACGUUAGCCGAUCAAGCGAUCAACUCCGCCAUUAAGACAGGUCAAUGGGUGUUAUUGAAGAACGUACAUCUUGCUCCUUCGUGGCUCGGUCAACUAGAGAAGAAACUUCAUAGUAUGAAAGCAAACAGAAACUUCCGCAUAUUCCUCACGAUGGAAACAAAUCCUAAAGUGCCUGUGAAUCUCCUUCGCUUAUCACGCGUUCUUAUGUUCGAACCACCACCGGGAAUCAAAGCAAAUCUUCAAGAUUCACUCAAAGGCAUUACGCCAGCACGUGUUCGCAAAGGUCCAACUGAGCUUGCCCGUUUGUAUUUCUUGCUUGCUUGGUUACACGCGAUUGUACAAGAGCGUCUUCGAUAUGUUCCACUUGGUUGGACGAAGGUGUACGAGUUUAACGAUUCCGAUCAGGACUUUUCCAUUAACACAAUCGAUGCCUGGCUGGACAGUAUUGCGCAAGGCCGAUCGAAUAUCUCGCCCGAUAAGAUUCCGUGGGAUGCUUUGCGUACUUUGAUCACUACUGCUGGUUAUGGUGGUCGUAUCGAUAACGAAUUCGACAAGCGUCUUUUGGAAUCUUUUGUAAACACGCUCUUCACCCCUGCUGCUUAUGACCUUAACUUCCCUCUUGUCGAUGCUGACGAUGGCAAUCUUCUACGAAUACCAGAGGGCACAAAGAUUGAGCAGUUUAUAAUGUGGGUCAACAAAUUACCUGAUAGAGAGCCUCCGGCAUGGCUGGGUCUACCAAGCAAUGCAGAAAGAGUCUUGGCAACUACACAAGGUUAUGCCAUGUUAGGCAAAGUUCGUAAAAUGAAGAGCAUAAGUGAUGAUGAUGAAGUAGCAUAUUCGCAAGAAUCCAAUGCAAAGAAUGCAGGACCGUCUAGCCAACCAUCGUGGAUGCGCCAGCUAUCUGCUGCCGUGAACAACUGGUUAAGUAUGUUGCCAGAGAAACUCAGUUCGAUGCAGAAGACUGCUGAUAGUAUCAGAAACCCGCUGUUCAGAUUCUUUGAUCGUGAGAACUCUAUUGGCCGUAAUCUUCUCUCGAAAGUCAGACAAGAUUUGAAUGAUAUUGUAAAAGUUUGCGAGGGCGAAUUAAAACAGACGAAUCAUUUGCGUAUGCUGUUGGGUUGUUUGACUAAGG